UUCUCGAUAUUUACCCAAUGUCUUCGCCAAAUCUUUCUUUCAAGCUCAACUCACAUCAUCAACCAUCACUGCACCAUCAUCACGAUGCCCUUCCCCUAUAAGACCGUCCUUAUCACCGGCGCCACCUCGGGCAUCGGCCUCGCGCUCGCCGAGCGCAUGAUCAACAGUGGUGUCUUCGUCAUCGCCGUCGGCCGCCGCAAGGAGCGUCUCGACGACCUCGUCAAGAAGCACGGUUCCGACAAGGUCGCCGCCGAACCCUUCGAUAUUUCCGACCUUUCUGCCCUCCCCAACUGGGUUAAGCACAUAACCACCACCUACCCCAGCCUAGACUCCAUCCUCCUCAACGCCGGCCUUCAAAAAACCCUUUUGUUCACCAACCCCACCGCCAUCGACCUCGCCUCCCACUCCGUCGAGCUAACAACCAACUACCUCGCCCCCCUGCACCUCAUCACCCUCUUCCUCCCCCACCUCAUCUCCCUCGGCCAGGCCGAUCGUCCUGCCUCCAUCAUCGUCGUCACCUCCGGCCUCUCCGUCAUCCCCCUCCCGCGCUGCGCCAAUUACUCCGCCACCAAAGCCGCCGCGCACUCCCUCGUCUGGUCCCUUCGCGCCCAGCUUACGGGCCCCGAGGCAGAGCACACAAGGCAUAUCAAGGUCAUCGAGGUCAUGCCGCCGGCGGUCAAGACGGAGUUGCAUUCGAUCCAGAAGGACUUGGUGGAGAUGGGGCUGGGGGAUAUUGGAAUGGAACUGGAUGAGUUUGCGGAUUUCACGUGGGGGGAGUUGGAAAGGGGGGAGAGGGAUGAGGUGUGGGUGGAGGAGCAGAAGGGGUGGAGGGAGGUGGAUGGGAAGAGGAGGGAGGUUUUUGAGGGGUCUGUUAGGGCAUUUAGGGAACAGGGGUUGAAGUUUUAAAUAAAGGUGGAGGGAACGAAGUAAUCAGAGGGUUAGAGGAGGAGACAAGUGGACAGUGGUGGACGGUGACUGCAAGGUUACCUCUAGUCUAGGAGGCAGCACUGCAGCCCCUGGGAGAAGCACAGAGGACGAAGUACAGGGUUAGGGCUGGAAAGCAGGGGGGGGGGGCCACUUCACAUUGCAUCGAUGCGUGUGGUUUGAAGACUGGAUGCCCCUGAGUUGAGAGAGAUAAGAGAUGAAAGUCUUGAUCAAGCUCCUGUGCUGCUAGCGCACGGCCCGCCAGCCUCUAUGUUGUCUAUAUUGCAAGUCUAUAUGCUAUGUCGUGAACGAAUGACAUUUCCCGGUCGUUCCGCCGACCAGAAAGGGGGUG